ACCGAGGAAGAGACGACGAAGAAGAAGGCGACCAUGUUGAUUUAAAGGAAUAAGAAACACAAUAGAGGCGAUUAAUUUCAAGUCAAAUUUAAGUAUUACGGUGAAUUAUAAAGAAGGUAGCUGAUCAACCGCAUACUUGGCAUCCCUGGUAAAAUAAUAGAGAAAGAAAGGUAGGUUUUCGCGGCAUUGUGGGGUCCGGUUUGAGUUAAAAACAUCGAGCUAGCGCAGAGCUAACGUUAGCGAAUGGAGUUAUUUGUGCUAAAUUAGCUCCGGAGCUAACGAGCGUGCUAAUUUUAACAUGUAGCAUUUACGUUAAAACGACAAAGAAGUAGACGAAAUCUACAUCCAACAUCUCUAUGUCUAAACUGAACUAUUAAAGGGUUUUACUCCUUCAUUAAAGACUGUUAAAUAUUUAGAGUUUAAUGUCGAAGCGGCUUUACGGUGAGUGAGCUCUGAGCUAACGUUAGCUUAGCUGAAACUGAACCGUUAUUGGCUUAUAAACCAAAGCGAGUGUAAACAGAUUAUAAAAGCUAUUUUAUCAAUUUAAAGGGAUUAAAGUGCAAUAAUAAAAAGUUAAUUGGUUAUCAGAGUAAAAUUCGAAGAUUGGAGGUUGAAGCUGAAGUUAAUUAGCUGAAAGUUUUCUGUGGUCAAGUAAAAACUUUAAGUUAAAGUGAAAUCUGCACAUUAGACUUUGACUUCAUUACCAUCUUAAAUUAGCCCAGAAUGGUGGAUUUAAGGUCAAAUAUCGAUUGUUUGGACUUUGAUAACCUGCCUCGGCACCUGUGCAGAAUUAGAGUAAACCAAUCAGAGUCAGAGUCAAUCAUUUACAGAUGGUAUUGAUUAGAAACGCCUCCAAGUAGAUCAGAAAUACUUAUUAUUGACAAACAUAAGAGGGGCAAAUAUUAGGAACACUUCUGAAUAUACAAUCAUCAGUCCACCAGGGAAAUUGAGAAUGAUUUUGGGUUAACCCUAACCCUGAAAAAGUCCUGGUCUUCAUGGCAGCAGAUGUUGCUCCUAAACCUGGAGAUAUUAUCUAGAAGUGAGGGUGCAGCAUCUAUGAUUUCAAGUUCUUUGUUGAAAGGACAACUGGACUUACCUGAGAUGUUUCGCCUUUCCAUAAGAGUGUUAGAUUUUGAUCCAUCAGACGUCAGGACAGUUCAGGGACAAGUGAUAUUAAAGGGAUAUUCUGGUGUCAAACUCACUGUAACACCGAGUGUUUUCUUUGAGGACAGAGUAUCUCUCAGUAUAAAUCUUGUUGCUGUUUUUGUCUCUUUUUAGGAGAGAAGAUCUGAGUUGCUGGCUGGCCUAGCGGAGGCAGAGGGUUUACUACAGCCACACUCAAAUAGUUCACACGCCGACCUGAGGACCUAUGGUGUCAGAGGAGAAAAGGUCGAAAACUGAAGAAAAAGGAAACACACACUGAGGACUCAAAAGGGGGUGGAAAGCUUUUUGGCUUUGGACUAGAUAACUCCCCUCGUGUGAUCACAGAUUUCAGGAUCAAGAUUUUUUCUGGUGUGGACCGGCGCACAUCCACGCAGUGGAAGUAAACAGAGCAUUACAGACUGUAUGAUUUUGGGGAAAACUUGUACAAAGCUGGACAUCAUAUUUCUUCAAGGACAGGGAUACUGAGCAAUUCUUAUGGACUCAAAGUGAAAAACAGGAAAUCUUUUUCAAUCUAGAAACAGAAGUUUGAGCGUUGAAAUAAGAAUAUAUUGAAGAAGAAGAAGAAGAAGCUGUUCCCCAAGUUCAGAUUGCCUUAGUUGUUCUAUUUCAGGACUUGAACUGCUUUGAUACUUGUUCACAUAUAAUUUUUCUAUACUGUGGGCAAGUAGAUUCAUGCAUAUGAAUGCAGAUUUCUCUUCAUUUCGAAGAGCUUUUGUGUAAAAACAUAAUUUAGUUGUUGUUGUUUCUGUACGUCAGUCACUCUGUUGUUGAAGGGGACCGAACUGCACGUACGUGUGUAUAUGUAAAUACUACCAACUGACUUCUGUUGUGAAAGCUUUGGACUUCAAAAGAGAAUAGAGAAUAUUGUUUGUUAAUGCUUUAUUAAUUUUUUUACUUUUGAAGAGAAUUUUUAAAAAGAAAAACCUAAGAGGCAAAAAUCUAAGACUAAGAGAAAAAAAAGGAAAAGAGGGAAAAUGGCAACGGCUAGAACAGAAAACGUCGGCCCGGUCGUCAUGGGACUGAACAAGCAGAACGGGCAGAUUAAAGGACAGACCAAACCAGCUCCAGUCCAGCCAGCACCGACGACUCAAGGAAAGGCUUUGGGGGCGCCCCAGAUAGCAGGCGGCGCCCCUCAGGAUGGAGGAGGAAUCAAGUUUGGAGACGACUGGAAAAAGAGCCUAAAGCUCCCCCCCAAAGACAACAGGGUCAAAACCUCAGUGAGUCCAAACCUGUCUCUGAUUCAGGAAUAAAACACUGCUGCAUGACUGUCGAUCUAACCCCUCUGUGUGUCUGCUGCAGGACGUGACGUCCACCAAGGGAAACGAGUUUGAAGAUUACUGUCUCAAGAGAGAACUCCUGAUGGGCAUCUUUGAGAUGGGCUGGGAGAAACCCUCCCCGAUCCAGGUGGGUUCACAUUUUUCUGAUCCUCGUGUCGAACAGCAAAGACGUUUACAGCACUUAUCUUUAGUCUGUAUUUCUCUUUAGCCGUGUUGCGGACAGUUUUCCCAUAAAUGGAUGAGCUUAUCGAGGAGAUUACUUCAUCACACAUAUCUGAGUAUAUUUGUUCUGUUAAGAUUUGAGAAUCUUUUUUGGCUCAAACCAGUGACCCCGUACAUCUUUAAAAGUCUUAAAACAGCCCUAACUCAGAGGACAAAAAUGUCUGAGGAUGCCAGGUGCUGUAGGAGUGGGGGACAUUUCAUUUGGCUCAGGGCUGAAUAUCUUUUCCUGCCAAACUUCUCGAGCUGUCAGCGUUUUAUCUCCACCAACUAAGUUUCAGAAAAAGAUCUUUAGGUGUUUCAAAAGUUUCCUGGUGUUUUUUUCAUGUUUUAUUCCGUCCCCUUAACAAAAACACAAACCUGUCUGAGUCAGAGAUCACGUCCUUAAACGCCAUCGUUUGUCUUUUUCCACUCAGGAGGAGAGCAUUCCUAUCGCCCUGUCUGGACGGGAUAUUCUGGCUCGAGCGAAGAACGGGACAGGGAAAAGUGGAGCUUAUCUCAUCCCUCUGCUGGAGAGAAUAGACCUGAAGAAGGACCACAUACAGGGUGAGGCACUCAUGGAGGUUUUCUUCUCUUGGCUUCAUGUUGUCCUCCUCUCAGUGGCCCUCAUUUAUCCAUCUUGCGUAGAUCUGAGUGCACAGCCAACGGCGCUCCAUUCGCCAGAGCAACAUUGUGUAAAACUGUACUGGCCUAAAUGAUGUCCCCUACCCUUUCAGGAGUGAACAACAACGUCCCCGCUGCUGGGCCAAGACAGAGACACCUGCCUUUUAGGAGUCAAACGCAGCGCUCCACAGUGGCAUCAUGUUGAAACGGCGCUCCUGCUCUGUGGCGGUGUUUCUGGGCAGAGUUAUCAAAUAGGCCUAUUUACUAAGGACAUAACAAAUUAAUUUUAUUUACGUCUUAAUCUUUAAUGAAAUCUGGCUGAUUGUGCUCAAUGACAGGUUUGAGGUUUGUAUAUUAGUCCUUAUGGGACAGAUAUUUGCUGCACCGCAGAUCCACACUGACUCAGACCUGUGAGAUUUGGUCGUAGCGUGCGCUUACGUGCAGAUUAAUAAAUGCCGAUCCUCACAUCGCAGCUUGCGUACGUUAGUUUUCUGCCGUACACAGGCUUGAUAAACGAGGGUCAGAGUGUUUGAAAAUGCCGACAGAUGAACACAGCGCUGUGCCCCGCUCUUUGUACCUGAUUCCUCGACUGGGAUUCUGACUCAUUUUUCUGCUUCAGCACUCGUCAUGGUGCCCACCCGUGAGCUGGCACUGCAGGUCAGCCAGAUCUCCAUCCAGAUCAGCAAACACCUGGGCGGAGUUAAAGUCAUGGCGACCACGGGGGGAACCAACCUACGAGAUGACAUCAUGCGCCUGGAUGAGACCGGUGAGACAUUUCUGACCUCUGAUAGACGACAAAGGCGGAGCAGACUGGAGUUGAAAAGUUGUUUCUAUUUGUUGUGAUUUUAACCGACCACCUCUCCACAUCAGUGCAUGUCGUCAUCGCUACACCUGGUCGGAUCCUGGACUUGAUAAAAAAGGGAGUGGCGAAGGUGGAUAAAGUCCAGAUGAUGGUGAUGGACGAGGUAAUUUUAAAGUCUUGGUCCUCGUAGAUACGUAGAAACUCUGAAUCUGUGAAACUCUCAAUGUUGGACCGUCUCUCUGCUCCUUCAGGCGGACAAGCUGCUGUCUCAGGACUUCGUGGUGCUCAUCGAGGACAUCAUCAGCUUCCUGCCCAAAAACAGGCAGAUCCUGCUCUACUCUGCAACCUUCCCCAUCAGCGUGCAGAAAUUCAUGGUGAGUCGCCGGCUAAUUGCUGCAUCAUCCAGCCAACUGGGAUGGCUCGGAGCCAUUUGGCACGGCUCGGCUCACGCUGCAGACCAAGCUGCUCUCGCUCUGCAGAUCUGUGUUUGUGUCAGUUGUUUGUUUGUUUGUUUCGUGUCGGUCUGGAGCGACUCAGCCAACUCUGGAAGGAUCUUUAAUGUUCUGUUCUUGUUAGUUUAAUAAAGUAAAUGUUACCCUCCAAAAAAAACAAACAUUUAUUUAAUUUAUCUGUAACUCUGUGGUUCUCGCCCUCUGAACUCUCUGUCGUGUCCUCGCUGCAGGCUAAGCACCUUCAGAAGCCCUAUGAGAUAAACCUGAUGGAGGAGCUGACACUGAAGGGCAUUACUCAGUACUACGCCUACGUCACAGAGAGGCAGAAGGUCCACUGCCUCAACACGCUCUUCUCCAGGGUAACUAACUCUGCGUCCAUGAACAGGUGUCUGAACCGGUUGAAGCAGAGAUCUGUAAUCUGUGUUUAUUUCCUCUCACAGCUUCAGAUCAACCAGUCCAUCAUCUUCUGUAACUCCACUCAGAGGGUGGAGCUCCUGGCUAAGAAGAUCACUCAGCUGGGAUACUCCUGCUUCUACAUCCACGCCAAGAUGAUGCAGGUGAGACGCAGCAGAGGAAGAGAAGUGGAGAGUGGAAACCAGGCGUCGAGAGAGUCCUGGUGUUACCCCCAAUUUCCAACGCAUCUGGAACGGCCACGAAACUCAACUCAACUCAACUCAACUUUAUUUGUAGAGCACUUUAAAACAACCACAGCUGUACAAAGUGCUGUACAUAACUAGACAAAACAACAAGAUAAAAAAACAAUCAAGAAACAAUUAAAACAAUGGAUAAAAUAAAAGCAGAAUUAAUAAUAAAAUAUAGCUUCAAUGUUUUUUAAAAACUAAUUUAAAAACAUAGAAACAAAUAACUAAAAACAAACCAUAAAACACUAAAACAGGAGCCGAGUCUCAUGCAGGGUUAAAAGCCAAUGAAUAAAAAUGGGUUUUAAGACGAGUUUUAAAAAUGGACAGUGUGGGGGCUUCUCUAAUUUGGAGGGGUAGCUCGUUCCAUAAAAUUGGGGCAGCAACAGAAAAAGAUUUAUCCCCUCUGAGCUUCCGUUUGGACCUUGGUACCUCCAGGAGCAGCUGAUCAGCUGACCUGAGGCACCGAGCUGGGGUGUAGGGGUGGAGAAGCUCAGAGAGGUAUGAUGGAGCCAGACCAUUUAAAGAUUUAAAAACAAAUAAAAGAAUCUUAAAAUGAACUCUAAAAUGCACGGGCAACCAGUGGAGGGAGGCCAGGAUGGGAGUAAUGUGCUCCCUCUUGCGUACUCCAAUUAAGAGCCGGGCGGCUGCGUUUUGAACUAACUGGAGACGUGAGAGGGAGGCCUGGCUGACUCCAAAAUAAAGUGCGUUACAGUAAUCCAGCCGAGAUGUAACAAAGGCAUGGAUUACUGUUUCAAAGUGCGUACGUGAAAGAAAAGGCUUUGCCUUCGCCAGCUGCCUAAUAUGGUAAAAACUGGAUUUCACUACGGAGCUAAUUUGCCUGUCGAAUUUAAAAUCACUGUCCAUCUUAAAACCCAAAUUUGAGACGGUUGGCUUUAAAAAAAAAAAGGCUGUGUCCGCCGAUCGUAGCUGAUCGUAAACAUUCAAGUUAACGUGUCAAUUUACACCGACUUCUUUCUGUUCCUCUGAGGAUCAAAAUCAAAAUCUAAGACUCUUUUGGAAAGGACAACUGGACUUACUUGAGACGUUUCGCCUCAGGCCUCUUGCGCUAUUGAACGUGAAUCUGCAGGUUCUUGUGAGUUCUCGUGAUUCCUGCUGUCUGUAACCCGCCACGAAAUUCGCCUCACAAAUGGAUCUGUCAGGAAUUGGCGGACAGCGAAAAUCGCCGCCUUUCUGGAUCGGAUCGUUCCGGAUGCGUUGAAAAUUUGAAGUCUCCUGGAAAGUCGUGUCUUUGAAAACCUAGUAACAUUUUUUUGAGACACUUUCUGUCUGUUUUUUUUUUCAGGAAUAUAGAAAUCGUGUUUUCCACGACUUCAGAAACGGGCUCUGCAGAAACCUGGUCUGCACCGGUAAGUUUUCGUCGUUCUCUGACCCGUUUCAAAGCUCGCUGUCAGUCCAGAACGGGUCGUACUCACGCCUCCUCUGUCCUGCAGAUCUCUUCACUCGAGGAAUCGACAUCCAGGCUGUUAAUGUCGUCAUCAACUUCGACUUCCCCAAGAACGCUGAGACUUACCUCCAUCGUAUUGGAAGAUCAGGUACGAAUUUGAAGUGUGCCUCAAACCUCGACUUUGAGUUUCUCUUCAGGUCUUUAAUUAUCGUGUUUCCUUUCUUCGUCCUCAGGGAGGUUCGGUCACCUGGGCCUGGCCAUCAACCUGAUCACAUCAGAGGACCGCUUCAACCUGAAGGCCAUCGAGGACCAGCUGGUGACCGACAUCAAGCCCAUCCCCAGCAGCAUCGACAAAAGCCUCUACGUGGCCGAGUUCCACUCAUCCGGCGGCGACUGUGAGGUGGAGGAGGUGGAGGAGAAACCAGGACGCCAACAGGACAGCAACUAAAACAGGUGAGAGGCUGAGGGAGGUUUUCUGAGAGGACUCUGUCUCAGCUGAAAACCAUGAAGCCUGUCUUCCUAACCCGGAGUCUGUCUCCCUUUAGGACUUUUGCACAGACAUCAGCGCUUGCACCCAGGCUUCAGACGACUCUGGAGUUUCUCACUGAGCCUGUCGGACGGAUGUAAAGGCUGUUCUUUUUCUUCUUUUCAAACGUUUCCUUUAGCUGAUCCUCUAAAAAAGCUGCCUCAACCUUUUUUUUUUUUUUUUUUAAUGGUUCAGAAAGUUAAACUUGAUCGUUUUGCACCAAACUCAGUAAAUCUAUGCAUCCCUGCUGAUGAUGAGCUCAGUAUUCCUCGUGUCGUUCUGCGACAGACCGGGUCUGAAAGCUGCUCCUCGAAGCGCUCUCUCUCACCGACGGUUUUCUUUCCCAGCGGAGAGGUCGACCUCUUUUUAACGUUACUAUGGUGCACCUCCACCAGCCGUCCUCCUGUCCACGUAAACUGUUGUCCUCACUUAAGUGCCUUACUCGCUCGCUCCCGUGUGCACUCAUCCAUCCAUCGCCUGCUGUCGUCUGUCACGCAGCAGAAAACGAGCACAAAACCAGAAUCUGAAUCUGAUAGAUUAACCCGAGUUUAUUCAGACAUCCGAUAUGCAAGGGAAGAAGACCACACACACACACACACACACACACACACACACACACACACUCAUUCUGAAUGUGAACGUUUAUUUUUAAUGUGAACGUUGCAAUAAAAAGGGCAGCUUUAUUUCAAUACUGCGUGACUGUUUUUCCCUUUUCACUCGAAAUAAAACGCCAACAUGGACUCCUAAAGCCCCGCCCCCUCAUGCUGAUUCAUGGAUGUUAGCCUGCGAACAGCCUCAUGCUGUUACCUUACGGCUGCUGUCUGGAGGUUUUUUAACACACACGCACACACACACACACACGCUCACACUGGUCUGGGGAGAACUGUCGAACCACGGCGCUCUAACGCUGCUAAAUGAAAACCGCGUUUCCUCUCUUGGAAAAAUGCAUCGGAGGCGUCUUCAGAGCAGCUUUUAGAGACCCGGGUGUUCGGCGGCGGCGGCGUUGGAGUUAGCAGGUCAGAGAAGUAGAGGUUUUUGUUGACUUUGGUGCAAAACGAGAGUUUAACUUCUUCACAGCUUCACGUUUUUCUUUUCGAAGAUGCAGAGUAGUUCAGAACAAGAGCGGAAACCUUCUCUGACGCCCCGUCAUCAGGACGAAAUUGAAGUUGGUGAAUGUAGAAGUCGCCAUUGUGUUCUUAAACAUCGACGGAUCGCUGCUGCCGCCGCUCCUCCUCCUCCUCCUCCUUCGGCUUUAGUGUCCCAGAUCAGAGACGGUUUUACGGACCACCUGCCCAGUCUUCAUGGGACCACAGCGACACUCACCUGAGCUGAAAUCAAACAGGGGGGUGGAGUCUGUGCGGCGGCGGCGGCAGCAGCGAUCGCUUUAUGUUUCUCUCUUUCUCAGCUUUUGUUUUCUGAUUCUAACCGACGUGAUCUUUUCUUUUCGGGGGGGGGGGGGGGGGCUCUGUGUUUGAAAGCAAAAUUGUAGCAUCUUUGAACAGGCAGCUGUGACUUCUUUAUUUUUAGUUCCUCCCCUUACAGAGCGUCAACAACGAUACACAAAAAAAGAAAAAAAACGACAUAAAAAAGAAUUUAUUUUUGCUUUUUCAGAUUUAUUUUUUGACGUUGCUUAAGGCAGUAAAAAGGGGAGGGGGUGGGCGGGGCUGGUGGGCGGGGCUGUGAGGCUUUAGCACUGGGAAACUUCUGGAGGUUUUAUUUUGGCGGGUUUUCAGAAGCCAAGUGUUUCAUCAGACGGCGUCUCGGCGUCUGGAGUUUUUUUCCUUCUCUCUGGUGCUUAAAAGGAAAGACAAAAACUUUGAUUCGGAGUCGAAACUUUAAACAAAACUUUGAUUUAAGCGCCAGAGAGAGCGUCGAGUUUAGCGGGAGAGAGUUUCUGGAAAGCCUUGAAGCGUUGAACUCCAGCGCUGACGUUUGUUUUUCCAGCAACUCUGUCCCCUCUUCACAUUCGGCAAUCUUUAUACGAGGUGUUCGGAGUCGUUCAGAGGAAGCAGAACUGUAAAUGAUUGUUUACACGAGUCGUUUAUCAAUGAAACAACAACGAAAAAGAGAAAAUACUUCGCUUUCCUGCUGGAACAAGAAGAAGAGGAAGAAGAGGAGGAGGAGUUUAGUUUUCCUUUUUUCAUGAAAUAGAUUUUUCAGGAUUCACAUUGAAGCAAAACCAAAAAGGAGAAUGUACGAGUGUGUGUGAGCGUGACAGAGACCUCCAGGUGUGUGUGUGUGAGAAGUACGUACAAGCAGCUGUUUGAACAAGGUGUGUGUGUGUCUGUGUGAGAGUGUGUGAAAUGUGUGUGUGUGUGUGUGUGUGAAGCUGCGUUUGUGUGGAAUCGUUUGGUUUACAUGCAGCUGAAUUAAUCCCAAACUCUCCUGAGCUGAAAAUAUCGUCAGGACCCCGAGAAGACGACCCUCCAGGUGUCGUUUUUUAAAGAAUGAAUCAGUUUGAUAAUCAGGGGCCUCCAGCCAACGUUACUCCCAAUUCAGAAUAAAAAUAACCGCUUUCUUUUCCAGCGUGAAGCUGCAUGUAAACCUAACAGACGACUUUCUUUGUCUUGUGUUUCCGUCAUAAAUAUGUUGUUUGGAUGUUUUGCGCAGUCAGGGAUGUGAUUUUUUUGUCUUCGGUUUACUUUCUUCACGCUUCCUUUUUCUCCCAGAGUUCACGUUUGUGGACAUGAAUCUCUCUCUCCACGUCUGUUUGUUUUUUCUUUCCUUUAUCACGUCCCUGACAGACCGUCUAUCAUCUCCUUUGUGACUCAGAAUUAGAGAUUAUAGAUUUAUUCGCUGUGCAAAGAAAGACUUCUGACUUGCAGGAGAUGUAAGUGACUCUUCAGAUGGUAAAAGCGUCUCCUGGAUGUUGUUGUCGUCUAAAAAUAGCUUCAGCUCUCAUGAAUUUUGCCCACCGGAGCGACUGCAGAGAUCUAAAAAUAGCUGCGGUGGAGUGAUUCGAUCUCACUCUCAUUUGAACAGAAAAAGCAGAUUUAUAAAGUAGAUUCACUCUUGAUUCGUGGUCACAGAGGAGAUCAGGAUAGAUGCUGUUUUGAAUGUUGAGUGAGUGGGCUGUUUGUCGUCAUCAGGUGUCUGUAUGUGUUUAGAUUGUGUGUUUGUUUGUUUGUUUGUUUGCGCUCCGGGUUGUGGAGUCAGGAGGAGUGCAAACAGGGUGGGAGGGAUAUUUGUUUAAGAGGGUGAGGACUCGGGUACAAAAGUGAAGGCAGAAGCUGAAAAAAUUGGACGAAAUUAAAAGAAAAAAAGAACAUUUUGACUUUAAAGUUAGUAUUAACAGCUGAGGUGCCUCUAAUGUUUCUACUGUGCGAAGCGUAACUGAAUCGGGUCUCUUAAUUUGCUGCACUAACGUAGACUCACCCGGGCUUGACUCGGCAGAAUUGGAGCAGAGAGCCGAGUAAAUUCACGCAGCAGUAUCCCCUCUGCAGCAGCAGCAGCAGCAGCACGGACAGACAACAGAAUUCAUUUUGUUUCUACGUCGCUGGUGAUGAAGUUACAACAGUUUUUGUUUUUUUUUUUUAACAUGGACGAAGCGGAGUGGGGACAAGCGUAGUUAUUUUGCAAAGAUGUCUAUCCAUCAAACACACUGAUGUCGUUUUUUCGUCUUCGUUUGUCCCGCAGUCAUCCUUUCAUCGUUCGGUUUCCUCUGUAUUCACUCGUUAGAUUUCCACUCAGAAUAAAAGAUGUUCGUUUGCAUCGUUUUGGACUGAGUUGUAAUAAAAAUCAGAUGGAAUGGUUAGGAUGUUUAUUUUCCUCCCUCUUCAUACCUUUGUUUCUCUGUUCUGUAAAAGUCAAAGUUAUGAUCGGGUAACACUGCAGAAAUGGUCACUCCUGCAUUGUUCGUGUUUUUAUUUUAUUUUUUUCACCAUUACAAAAAUGAACAGAUGUACGGUAUCUUUUGUCCGUCACGCUGUCGUCUACUGUUGUAACUCGGGGGUUAUACAAGUGAAUAAAUCUGGACUUAAAUUUA